AUGGAGUAUCACCAUGCUUCAGAGAUGAACGGAGUAGUGUCCGCAUAUCUGAACAUGUGCAUCGAGGCUAAACAGAAUGGUUUGCGCAAAGAAGAACAGGACUCCAAGGACAAUGCAGACACAAACAAGCUGUCACGCAUUCAGAAAGCUUAUAGCACCAUACUGAGUGAGCUUGGGGAGGACGUGGACCGGGAGGGACUUCUAAGUACACCACUACGUGCAGCCAAAGCCAUGCAGUUUCUCACCAAAGGCUACAAGGAAAAGACCCAAGAUAUCUUAAACAAUGCAAUCUUUGAUGAAAACCACGAAGAGAUGGUGAUUGUCAAGGAUAUCGAGCUGUUUUCUCUCUGUGAACAUCACCUGGUGCCCUUCUUUGGCAAGGCACACAUAGCAUACCUCCCAAACAAGAAAGUGGUUGGUCUCAGCAAACUUGCAAGAAUUGUUGAGAUCUACAGCAGGAGGCUUCAAGUUCAGGAGCGUCUGACCAAACAGAUUGCUUCAGCCAUCUCUGAGGCCUUGGAGCCUGCUGGAGUAGCAGUGGUGAUUGAGGCUGUUCACAUGUGCAUGGUGAUGAGAGGCGUCCAGAAGAUAAACGCCAGUACUGUUACAAGUGUCAUGCUGGGAAGAUUUCACGAUGAUCCUAAGACCAGGACACUGAAGAAGUGA